GCUGCUUUUGCAAACCACUCAGCGGCCUUCGUCUCCAUCGUGGUUUUGCACACUGUUCUACCAGCGCUUGGUGAUAAAAACGCGAUUCUCGCGUGCUGAUGGCCACAACACCGCAGCAAGACUCCUUGCAAAAUGACCAUGUUGACCAUGUCCAGAAUGGUGUAUCCGUACACCACUCGACUCAUGUAUUUCAGGGGCCACCACAGAACAAUGAGUUCAUAAUCGACAGGUUCUGGACGUCUUAUAAACAGGCUGCAAAAGAUUAUGAUCGUGAGUUUCUAGAGCGGAACAGUAGCGACAUGGACAUCAUACUCAUUUCUUCUGGUCUCUUCUCCGGUGUCAAUACCGCCUUCAUUAUUGCCAUGCAACGCAACCCCACGAUCCCCUUGUUGUGGCAGCUCGUUCAGAACACAUCAUUCAAUACCACAAUCUCACCUCUCGCUGCCUCAGCAGCAAACCCGCCAAAUACUAUUUGGUUUCAGACCUUGGCAUACAUUGCAUUGUCGCUCAACCUUCUGGCCGCUUUUGGAGCUGUCCUCGGUAAGCAGUGGCUCAGCCAUUACAAAUUGAUCGCUCUCGGAGAGGACAGACAAGAAAAGUUAGACGGUUUGGAAGCAUGGCACUUCCACGAUGUGCUGCUAUCAUUUCUUAUGUUACUGCAAAUCUCGUUCUUUCUAUUUGGGAUCGCUCUCUCAGCCUUCGUAUGGGACCAUCAAGGAGCUACGGCAAUCGCUAUUAUCGUGUUGAUGGCGUUCGGCUUAUGUUUUUACAUAUUCAUUGUCUUCGCCUCCUUAAUAUCCCCGCAAUGUCCCUUUCAAACCCCUACUGCA